UUACAUCCGGGUUUUUUCCCUAGGCAAUGGGAGUCGUAGCACCGCCGUUCCUUAGGCAAAGUGAAAUAAAUUCGCCGCACCGACACAAAAACUAGUCCGCUUUUCGAACACAUUUUCCCGUCGCGUCGCUUCGUCCAUCGGUUCCAUCGGAGCAACUUUAACGGCACCGGCCGCGGACGUCGGCCGCUCGGUGGCGGAUAAACGAGCCGGUGUCGGUCGGUUGAGGAGUUUUUGUCCCCCUUCCUCCAGCGCCGCAGCGCAGGGAUCUGUGCGGUGCUGCGGCCGGGCUGAAUGAGAUUGAAGAAGAGUUCUUCUUGUUUUGUAGCUUCAGUUUUUCUCUUUUUACUCUUUUUCUCUAAAAGUCCGAUUCUCUCCGGAGCAGCGGCGCGUGCGAGCGGGGAGCAGCGGCCGAGCUGUGCGGGGCCGGAGCGUCCACCGUGGAUCGGCUGCUGACACAUAUAUAUUUAAUUAAUCUGGAGGAGGACUGCUGCUGAGGCAGCACAGAGGGGUGGAGUCCAGUCCCACAGCCAGGUGCGGCACUUUAAUGCUUCAGUUGGAUGGUUUUCCUACUGGACACGGUGUUAAGGCUGAUCGAUCGGCUGGCAGACUGACUGGAUCCAUGAUGGAAUUACAGACAUUACAGGAGGCUCUGAAGGUGGAGAUCCAGAUCCAUCAGAAACUCGUUGCCCAGAUGAAGCAGGACCCUCAGAACGCUGAUCUGAAGAAGCAGCUCCACGAACUUCAAGCAAAGAUCACAGCACUGAGUGAGAAGCAGAAAAAGGUGGUGGAGCAGCUGAGGAAGGAGCUGCUGGUGAAACAGGAACCUGAGGCCAAGAUACAGCUGCAGGUCCAAACUCCUCCAGGAGGUGGCGACAUCAAGCCAAUCACCCUGCUGCAGAGCCAGCAGAUACCUGGAGGACUGCAGCAGACGCUGACAGUGACGCCGGUCCUCACCGCAAAGACGCUACCUCUGGUGCUGAAAGCUGCCACCACGCCCACCCUGCCUGGCACCGUCCUGCCACAGCGCCCUCCCACUCUCGCUAUGGUAACCACAGCUAUCUGCAAACCUGACUCGCAGAACACCCCCAUCAACCUGCAGGUGGCCAGCAAGCUGACCAAUCAGUGCUCAGAGCCUGUGCGACUGGUGAACGCCAAGAACGCCAUUGUGGUGCAGGCCACCACCACCACCACCACUGCCCAGCCAAUCAAAGUUCCUCAGUUUGUCCCUCCUCCUAGACUGACGCCUCGACCCACCUUUCAGCCACAGGUCAGGCCCAAACCGGCCACACCCACCAACAUCCCCAUUGCCCCUGCCCCUCCCCCGCCCAUGAUGGCGGCCCCCCAGUUGCUCCAGCGGCCCGUCAUGUUGGCCACCAAGCUGUCGUCCUCGCUGUCCUCGGCGGCUCCCAUCCACCAGGUCCGCAUAGUGAACGGGCAGCCCUGCAGUAAAACCGGCUCCACUCCGCUGACGGGCAUCAUCAUCACCACGCCCGUCUCCGCCACACCCACCCGCCUCAGCAGCCCCGCCCAGACACCCAGCCCCGCCCUGACUCCUGCUAAGCCGAUCCAGAUCAGCAGCCUGAUCACCGAAUCCAUGCAGACUGUUAAAUCAGGAGGUGGAGCAGAGAAGAGGGUCGUCAGCCUCCCCUCCUCUUCCUCCACUCCGCCGUCGUCUCCAGCUCCCAGACCCAAGAGAGAGGAGAACCCAGAGAAACUGGCCUUCAUGGUGUCACUGGGGCUCGUAACACACGACCACCUGGAAGAAAUUCAGAGCAAAAGACAGGAGCGAAAGAGAAGAACGACGGCCAACCCGGUGUACAGCGGAGCCGUGUUCGAACCUGAGAGGAAAAAGAGUGCAGUGAGUUACCUGAACAGUCCUCUGCACCAGGGGACCAGAAAGAGAGGUCGCCCACCCAAAUACAGCAGCGUCCCGGAGCUGGGCAGCCUCACUCCGACCUCCCCCUCCAGCCCCGUCCAUCCCCUCCCCCUGCCCAGCCCCAGCUCUGGGGAUGGAGACAUCCAUGAGGAUUUCUGCACUGUGUGCAGACGCAGUGGCCAGUUGCUCAUGUGCGACACGUGUUCUCGUGUUUAUCACCUGGACUGCCUGGAUCCACCCCUGAAAACCAUUCCUAAAGGCAUGUGGAUCUGUCCAAAAUGCCAAGAUCAGAUCCUGAAAAAAGAAGAAGCCAUUCCCUGGCCUGGAACUCUGGCUAUCGUUCAUUCCUACAUCGCUUACAAAGAAGCUAAAGAAGAGGAGAAACUGAAACUGAUGAAGUGGAGUUCUGAACUGAAAGUGGAGCGGGAGCAGCUGGAACAGAGAGUCAAACAGCUCAGCAACUCCAUAACGAAAUGCAUGGAGACCAAAAACACCAUCCUGUCUCGUCAAAAGGAGAUGCAGGUUUCCCUGGACAAAGUCAAACACCUAAUUCGCCUCAUCCAAGCAUUCAACUUCAACAAAGCUUUGGCAGAGACAGAGGGUAAAGCCACCAGUGCCAUAGUCCAGGACAGUUCUGAACGUGCACUUGGCUCUGAAGCUGCUCCAGAAGCCAACUCUGUAGAGAAAGUUAAGGCUGUAAGCUCCUCGACAAACAGCAACACCAACGGAAAUGACAAACAAGAGCAGAACGGAGCCACUGGCAGCAACCAGACAGCAGCAGUGGGAGGAGUCCCUGACAACCAGCCCAUCCCGGAAGACAGCACAGUCCUAGCAGCGGAUACCAGCCUCGGUGUAGGAUCAGGGGGUAAGAUAGGGCCUGGUGUAGGACCAGGGGGAGAAGGAGGAGGUAACACAGGGACUGGUCCACAUUCGGAGGUCAUGGCCAAGUCUGAGACGGCUCCGGUGGUUGACAAUCCUGUCACCUCGACGGUUUUAGCGGUUGCCACCACCAACGGUACAGCUGAGUCAGCCUGCCCUGACCACAACCCUGCAGGAGACUGCACCACCAACGCCACCGCCAACUCUGAGAACAAGAUGUCUGCCGUGAACCCUCCAGAAACAGCGGUGGAGAAGAAACAGGAGGAGAUCGCUGACAGUGACGGCAGCAACACCAACAACAGCAAAACCUCAGAACCCUCCCAGCAUUCUUUGCCAGCUCUUGUCAGCAGUUUGGACAAUAAAAAGUAAUUCUAUGUCUCUUGAGUUGCGGGAAUUCAAACAUAUAUAUUAAAAAAAGACUUUUGCUUGCACCAUAUGGUGCCCUGAAGUUGCCAAUCUGUAUAAAUGUUGUUUGUUUGCAUUGUAUUGUCAGACUGUGUCAAUGGUAGAUAUACAGCCCACGUCACAUGGCUCUAGGGAGGCGUAGGCUGUGGGCCACAGAGCUGCGGUACAUAAAGAUCUACGUACUAGUGUCAUCAUGCCAAUUAGUGAUAGACGCAAGUGGUGGGAAUGCUCAAAGGCAGAUUUAAUACAUCAUCGCACCAGUGCGUGCCUGUGAUAGUGGCCCCUGAGUUGUCUUGUGCGGUGGGGAGAUGAGUUCACAUGGGUACAAAGAACCAAGAACACAGAACCUAACAUCUGGGGUUACUGGUCUAAAAAGCAGUGUUGUGAUAGAGUUCAGAAAAGAGAACCUGUUCAUCCCCUCGUCCCAAUGAACUUCUGCAAUCCCACAAACCUAAACCCCUGAACCUCCAGCUCUAAAGCUUCUUUAUUAACCUCAACCGUAUCCCUUAAACCAUCAACAGGCAACAAAAAACAUUAUCGGCCAAUAGCAGUAAACUUCUCCUGAUGACUCCAACUUACCUUUCCCAGUCCUCGAGCAAUCAAGGUGACCAGUGAAAAACCUGUCGUGAUUAAAGAGAACGAUGCCAAAACCCAAACUUACUUUCCCUGAGCACCAGUUAUCCAGUGUCACCUUUUGAGCCCCUCCACCCUAAUCCAGUGAGUCGUAAGCACACUUCAACAGUCCAACAACAGGGUCCCUUCUGAAGACCUCGAUCCUGCUCAGUUGUUUAGUCUGAAUACUUUGUUGGAUUACCGGUUUAAGUUAAUUCUGUAAAUCCAGAUUUGAAGAAGUCUCUGGGAAGGCCGACACAGAACCCCAAUGUCUUCACUGGGAAAGUGUGGCCGAGGUUAGAGAUUUACCUAAUUUACAAAUCUGCUCAUGAUUGAAACCACAUUCAUUCCCCUGGACCUUCCUCUGGUGACAAAGACCCAAACUUACCUUCCCCAAUUUGCCAACAACCAAAUUUGACCUUCUGAAUCCUUAACAACCCAAUAACUGAAGCUCUGCCCCAGUUGACCAAUGACUUCUCCAUCUCCCCCCACCCCCCCAUCACCCCCCACCUGAGCUCAGGCAGAAAGACGCUGAGCGUCGAGUUCAGCAGGUACGAGGACGAACAGGCGCAGUAGCCGAACAGAUGUUUUCAGUGGUGUCGGUCAAGUGUAGUGAUUGAGUUUUCAUUCGUGAGUCAAGUGUGUCAACUGUGAGCACUAAAUGUGAAAUUGCAAUAUUGCAAUGUCAACACACACAAACUAUAUCUGGGCUGUGUUUCUUUUUUAUAGGAAAAGAUAUUCAGGUCUUCCUAGUCUUCAGAAAUAAGUGCUUUUUGUUCCUGAACCUGCUGGACUGGCAUCAUCAACACAAAAAGAAAUCCUCUUUUUGAAGUGAUGAUCUUUGCAUUGUACAUUUCUGUUGAAUCCUGAACUGCCAAAAUCAGCAGGGACAAGUCCACUUACUGUAUUGAACGAUCAAAUCAUUGGCAUUGUAAGAUAUAACUGCUUCAGAAAUUGGAAGUCCCCAGAUCGAGACAGGAGAGCUUAUCAGACAAUAACAUUGAGGAACUUUUUUCCUUGGAGGGAUUUGUUGUAUGAACCUGCUCCUCCAGAUGGAAGAUACCACAAAUCCUGAGAUUAAAGCACAAGCUUGCUGCAUUACAAAGAAGUGCUGAAGAGCUUUUUGUAUGUUGAUAUCGAGUUAAACAGAGUAUGCAUCUCUUUGUUGUGAUGUGACUUAUCCCCACAUUGCCAAUAUUUUUCUAGGAGGAAAUACAAACCUCUGUCUGACAUUAAGGCUCAAGUGUAGUUGAUAUUUCCAGGGGGAGUGUCCGGGCUUCAGUGUAGGAACCCCCACACACACACACACAGUUUCUUUCUGGAGCAUGUCGGGGCUGACACGUGAUGCUGUUAUUUGUUGGCGUUGUCUGUUUCUUUGGUGAACUUCUCAUUACGUCUGGCUUCUUGUUGAGUUCGGGGCAUUAACAAACUGGUCUGUUCGUUAAUGGAGCCUCUGGUUGUGCUGGAACAUGUUGCAAUUUGGGAUUCAGUUUUUUUUUACCUAAUUUUAAGUCGUCCAAAAACGCAUUAACUCCCGAGUUUUCAUGGUUCAACCAAGAUCAUCACAAAAUGUAAAAAAAUUUGAUUGAUUUCUUUGUCACGCUAGCAGCAUUAUCUCUAUUACUGCCAGUGUUGUUGUUUUUGCUGAUUCCAAGGUCAAAGUUUUCGUUUCGUGUCCAUCCUAUGAAAUAUCUUGAUGUUCAUGUUCCUCAGAGGAUAUUUACCCUGUUCAUCCUCUGGCUUUUCCUCCUCACAUGUUUGGUUUUCAUGGUCUUUUAUCAGCUGUUGACUGGAUAUUGAUGAAAUGUGGUGCUCCCCUCAGGAUGAACUCUGACUCUGGUGAUCCUCUUCACAUUAUAUUCAAAUCCCUGCAGAAUCGAUGACGUUCCCAUCAGCCUUUGCUCCACACUGUUUACUGCUAAAGAGCUAAUGUUAGUGUGCUAACAAUCUAAACUAAGAUAAUGAACAUGGUAAACAUUGUACCUGUGUGAUAGCAUUAUCGUAGUUAGCACAUUAGCAUGCUUAUGUUAGUACUCAUUUUCAGAGCUGCUAGCAUGACUGUAGCCUCUUGUUUGAACCUCCUGGCAGAUUUAAAUUCCUACUAAAUAACGAUGCUACUCGUAAAAUAAUGAUUUGAUUAUUAAUCAAAGUGUGUGUGUGUGUGUGUGUGUAAUUGAAGGAGUGAAUACGUUGUUGGGCGACUACAACAUCCACCGUUACAGGUGUGUCUCUUCAUAUCACACGGACUGUCCACAUAUCUGAAACCUGCCUUCAUCCACAAGGUCCCAGAAACAAUCUGUCACGUUUCCACAUGUCUGACACAUGGGACUUGUCCCUGAAGACUUCAGCCAUUGGAACAUGGAAGGAAAAGACUGGACAGAGAUGCAAGUCAAUUAGAAAAUGGCAACUAACACUGUCCCCAGUUCCCUUUGAAUAUCCACGUGUUGUUUGUUGUCGGGUGGAUGUCCACAUGUUUUCCUGUGUUCCCUGACGGAUGGAGCAGAGUAGUCGUCUCUUCACACUCAACAGGUUUAGUUUAAAAGCCCAAACCCGUCCCAGACUAACUGGACCUCUCCCUCUGUACAGUAGGUACCUCGAGUGCCUUUCUUCAAACAGCAGAUAAUAUUUGUCUCUUGACUUGCACUGUGACUUGUAGAACCUUACCAGCCCCCCCGCCCUCCCCCGGUCCGUCCCACCGCGCUCCCCCAAAACUCCGGAGCACGAACCCGGUCCCUUCGCCUCAGGCUGCCAGUAGUCAAUGCAAGUUGAAACUACAUUUCAUGUUAUGCUGUUUAGAUUGACCACAUAGUGUUUUGUUGUUGUUUAAUAUAGGAGUUGCCUUAAAUGUGUUUGAUUUCCUUUUUACGUGAUUCAACUUUUACAUUUGGGGGAAAAAACGGUGCAGACGCUGGCGAAGGUCAGAGGUUGUUUGGUGAAAAUCUGGUCGUCGCCAGUCAAUGAAACGCUCCAAAGAAGAAUCGUUGAUGUUGAGAUCUCACUUUGUUGGCAGCCAGUUGUUCUGUGAUGCACUUUUGGUUUGACCAGUAUUAUUAUGGGAGUGAGAAUGGGAUCCGGCAGCGACACAAAGUGCAGUCGUGAAUCUGGCUGCAGGUUCGUAGACGUCGCAUCUGUCUGGACUCUGGAGCUCGUGUUGUUUUUGUUUGGAGUCGUUCAUCGUUCCCUCUGUGCUGUGAUUCUUCUUCUGUUUCUGGAGGAGGGGUGAGUUUGCUGAAUCAGGUCAUGUGAUGAGCCGGAGCCUGUGUGGAACAAACCAACCUGCUCCCUGACGACGGGCGGACUUGGACCCAAUUAGCAACAUCUGUCCUCUCAGUCCAGUGGAACGCAUGCCUUCUUAUGCAAAUUUUUAUACAAGAUUUGUCAAACCUUUUUAAUAUGCAUUUCGUUUGGUUUUUUAAGUUUUAUGUGAAACUGAAGUCACCUUUUAAUUUCUUUGAACAUUCUGGUAUCCUGAUGCCGACAGUGCGGUAGCCAUCCACGUUAGCAUGGAAACGCUUCUUCCUGAAGGCGUGUUUUAUGGACGGAGCUGAAAAGGUUUUAGCUCCUUCGUUUAGAUUUUAGUUUUAACUUGGCUAAUGCACCAUGCUGAAUGUUGGGAUCCCAGUGGGGUGGAUCAAGUCUUAAUGUCUAAAUUGUGUCAUCGUCCUCUUCUAGAGAAAAGUCUUGGUUUUUAUUGAGUUGAGUUCUAAAAGGUGAAUUUAUCCAAAGAACACUGCGAGAGUACAUUUGUGUUUGGAAUCCUUUUAUGUAGUCGAUGCAUAUCAUUAGGAAAAACAUUUCUGCGUCAUUCACAGAGGUGUGAAAAGAGUCGCGUGUCUGAGAGCUGCUCACUUUGUGUCCGAGGAAAUCAUUUAUGCAUUGAAGACGUUCUUCUCCAGUUCCCUGUGUGGUGGAUUGUUCUAGAAGCAUCCUGUGAAGUGGUUCGCCCCGCAUCCGCUCCUUUCAGUUUUAAAACGAUCAAUUCAUGAUUGUGGCCUUCUAGUAUUUUGUCGAUACAUGACAUCGGUCCAUUGUUACCGCUCAGCAUCCAUCCUGUCCGGACCCAACUGUUCACCUGAAGCUUCUUACCUCAUCCACGGCUGAUUCCAUCGGGGGUGUGUUGAGUGCAAAAAAACAAAACAAAAAAGUCUUUUUUUAUCUUCCAUAUGGUGAGAUGCAUUGUAGCGAUAUGAAUAAAGAAAAGUUCACCUGGUGUGCUGAAUAAUGUGUAAAUUGGUAAUUACACAAUCUGAAUAUUUGUAUAAUUGUUUGUAUUUUUUCAUAAUGAUUUUGGAAAGGAAUGUGUUUAUUUUUUUGACUUCUGUUCCAGAUGUGUCUUCUGUUGGCCUGACAUUGUGACUGGUCUGGUGGGAUUCUUACCUCUGUAUUGAGCCUCUUCUGUGAUGAAUUCUUUGUAUGCAGUGUUUAGGAAAUACUGUAGGGAACAUGGGGAGGAGUUGAUAUUAGGAGCAUUUGAUCAAUUUGUAUUUAUUUAUUUUAUCAUUUUGUUAAUAAAUUGUGAAAAGCA